UCCCUCUCUUUCGCUCUCGCUGUCUCUUCAAUUAGCUCGCUAGCCCGUCGAGCUAAGCUUGUGUUUUCCGAUGCGGCUACGUUAGCUCCACUCCAAACCUCUGUUAUUAAACGACGCCACACAUUUGGCUUUUAGAGAACAAACUCGACCAUCUGAUUGGACUUUUCAAAUCUCCAAGGGGUUUAUGUCAACGGCCAAAGGUGAUUCUGUAGUGCCGCACAGUUUGCCCAAGUCAUCUACCUGGAUGAGGGAGCGCCGCCAUGAACAAGCUACGGCAGAGCUUCCGGCGGAAGAAGGAAAUCUACGUGCCCGAGUCCAGCCGGCCGCAUCAGUGGCAGACGGAUGAGGAGGCGGUCCGAAGCGGCAAAUGCAGCUUUGCGGUCAAGUACUUGGGGCACGUGGAGGUGGAAGAGUCGCGGGGCAUGCACAUCUGCGAGGAAGCCGUCAAGCGGCUCAAAACGGACAGGAAAUUCUUCAAAGGAUUCUUUUCCAAAGCUGGGAAGAAGGCAGUGCGUGCAGUGCUAUGGGUGUCGGCGGACGGGCUCCGCGUGGUUGAUGACAAAACUAAGGACCUGAUCCUCGACCAGACCAUCGAAAAGGUGUCAUUCUGCGCGCCGGAUCGGAACUUCGAGAGAGCCUUUUCGUACAUCUGCCGGGACGGGACGACGCGCCGCUGGAUCUGCCACUGCUUCAUGGCCGUCAAAGACUCGGGAGAGCGGCUCAGUCACGCCGUGGGCUGCGCCUUCGCCGCCUGCCUGGAGCGCAAGCAGAAACGGGAGAAGGAGUGCGGUGUCACGGCCACGUUUGACGCCAACCGGACUACCUUCACCCGCGAGGGCUCCUUCCGGGUCACCACGGCCACGGAGGCGGCCGAACGGGAGGAAGUCAUGAGGCAGCUGCAGGACUCUAAAAAAAGCGAGAGCGACGCAAAGGCAGCGGGCAACUCGUCCGGCGGCGGCGUGAUCAACGUCUCCGCCGUUCAGUCGGGAAACUCCCCGUCGCCCACGUCCUCGCCGCCCCUCUCGCUGGGCACCCUGGGCAUCCCCCGCCCACAAGCCCACGCCGACGUGAUGGCCAGGCAGGGCUCGUUCCGCGGCUUCCCGGCGCUCAGCCAAAAGACGUCGCCCUUCAAGCGCCAGCUGUCGCUGCGCAUGAACGAGCUCCCCUCCACCGUGCAGCGCAAGUCGGACUUCCCCAUCAGGAACGCGGUACCCGAGGUGGAAGGAGAGAACGACAGUAUAAGCUCGCUGUGUACUCAGAUCGCCACGGCGUUCAGCGGACCUCCAGAGGACCCCUUUUCCUCAGCGCCCAUGCCCAAAGCGCUUGCCUCGCCGCAGUCACCCGCAGCGCCAGUCAACGGCUCUGCCGCUAUCGCCUCCUUUUCCGCUCAUCCUCACUCCCAUCCUCUUGCUCCUCCCACCCUUCCUACCGCUGCUGCUGUUAAUCCUCCAGCUCCGAGCUCAGCAGCGUUGGCCCCCGCUCUGCCCGCUCGAGACACUAACCCCUGGGCCAAGACCCCCGCUGGGGUCCCGGCCCCUUCCACGGCGGGAGGUGAUUGGUCGUCGUCCACUCCCGUCAUCAUCGCCCCGCCCACGUCUUCUCCGGCGUUGUCCUCGCACAAGCGCACCCCCUCUGAAGCAGAAAAAUGGCUGGAGGAGGUUUCCAAGUCUGUCCGGGCUCCUCCGGCCAAGCCCAUCCUGGCGGCGGCGCCGCCACAGCACGCCCUGCCAUUUGUGGCCCCCAUGGCACCCUCACCCCCGAUGGCGUACGUGCCCCUGUUGCCCCCGCGCCAGACUGCUUUCCACUCCAUGUCCAACGGGCUGUCCUUCCCACAGCCCAGCGUGCCCGUGGUGGGCAUCACCCCCUCGCAGAUGGUGGCCAAUGUCUUCGGAUCGGUCGCGCAACCCCAGCCCUUUCCCGCCCCGGCGCCCGUAGCGCCCCCGAGUGUUGUCAUCCCGGGCCCCUUCAUCAAGCCCCCGCCGUCGCCCGCCACCGCUAGCCCUGCCCGCGCGCACCCCGCCAACGGCGGCGGCAGCUUCAACGGGGCGAACAAUUGGGCUACUCCGCCCCACCCGCCCGCCACCUCCUCGCCGGCUAACGCCGCCUCGCAGGAGCCACAGGAAGAUGCCUUUGAGGCCCAAUGGGUGGCGCUGGAGGGGCGCUCGCACCAGCGUACCACGCCGUCGCCUACCAACCCCUUUUCCACCGAGCUGCACAAAACGUUUGAGAUCCAGCUUUGAUGACUGUGCCUGAGGAAAGGGUCGGAAGGGAAAAUCUCCAAUCGCGGGGGAGGUGGCGGUCGCGGGGAAUCGAGGGGAGAGCCGGAGCGUUGACAUCUAAGACCCCACCCUACUCCCCAGAAAAACCCUGCUGCUGUUCUUCACAAGUCUCAUCAGCAUUCUCUGUGCUCGUUUGAUCGUCCUGUGGAACUCCACUUUUCCUCCCACCGCCGCCACCCCCCCUCUGUAAGCCGCUUCUUACCCACUCAACUCUCAACCACCUCAUGCCCACCAACCUCACCCAACUGGAAGAAUAAAGCAAGACAAUGCCAAAAUGUUUAUUUUUAUGCAUUAAGUAUAUUUUAAAUAGCUACGGAUUUCAACCGUCGUCAUGCCAAAGGCACAAAUUAUAUAUUAGGGAUGUGCAUCUCUCCAAUAAAACAAAAACGACAAUUUGGUAUGUAUUCCAAUACAUCUGGUGCAAUACAAUUCAUUUACGGUUCAAGUGUGACGAUUUGGUGAUUUCUAUCAGAUCUCAAUAGAUUUUAAAAUGGAAUAAUUCGGUUGGAUUUAACACACUCACACCUUUCAAAUCAAAACUGUUUUUUCGAUUCAGAUUGUUUUUUGCCACAUCCCUAAUAUAUAUAUUUACUGUAUAUAUGUACACAUAUAUUACAUAUGUAAUAUGUGUUACAUAUGUGUAUAUUAUACAUAUGUAUAUUUUACCUACAUAUAUAAAUAUAUAUAAAGUAUGACACACAGCAGUGCUAAUUUUUAAUGUGAUGUAAAGAGAUUUUGUGAAAGGACAGCUGCUUUACUGUGGGUUUUUUUUUUUGCAUAUUUUAUUCUAUUUUAUUUUUCGUCUUGGUGGUCGACUGUAAAUAUUGCAGUAACAAUCAACAAGGACCUAGCAACAACGGCAGCAAUGAUCGGCAAUCUUUUUAUUCUUUAGUAUGCUUGUUUUUGGGAUGUGUCUAAAACGUCUUUUUUUUUCAAAAAGUAGUGGAUUCCUCAUGUUUUGCUUUUACACAAGCACUAAUAACAUGAGAUGAUUGGAACUCCUCCAUCAGCUGCUUAGAGUUCCAGGGAGAUGACAACUGAAACAUUUUCCAUUGUUUCCUGGCUGUCGUGUGUUUUAUUUUUUGUUUUUUUAAAUCAAAACCUGUGAAUAUAAUCUUUUGUCUGAUCUAUUUUUCCAUUUUGUAAUUAUUUCACAACUUUAUUCCACUCGUCUGGAGAAAUGUUGAAGUUAAAUUUAAAAGGUUGAUUAAAUGAUGGUGGCAGAGAAAA